UUUUGUUGCUGCGGUUUUUAUACUGUUUUGGUUGUCGCAUUCCCUCCGUGUCUUUGGAAUGAACGGGUUUCCUGCCUGCGUCGUUUCCAUGUCAGCAUGGGAACUGCCGUAUCCAAAAGGAAGAAUUUAAGAAACGAUGCGAUUUCUUCUGUGGCAGCAAAAGUUAGCUCAUCUACUGUGUGAAACCUUGGUGGGUCCCGACCCGGAGUCGCCGAGUGACAAGAUUGGCCCGAACAACAACAAUCAUCUCCAUCCCUGCUCCAACACCACCAAGGGCUGUGAGGACAACCGGGAUCCCGGCCAGGUGAAACCCACGCUGGGCUUACACCAGCCACCUCCACCAUCCAUCACCAUCUCUACCAAAGCAUCAAAGCUCUCCCUUGAGCGCAGCUUCUCAGCGGAGGAGGACCAACAGAAGAGUGUUGAGUGCACCCUGCAGCCUGCCCGCGUCUACACCAUCACCACUCAGCGCGGUAUGCUGAUGAACAGCGGCCGGGGCAGCAAGGAGAGCCUAGAACUGGACGUCCUGAAGGAGAAGUCGGGGAGUGGCGGGGUGGCCUCCAGAAGUGGCCUGAUCCAGGGUUCCCCUUCCUCCGCCACAUCGUCUCCAACCCAGCACCACCAUGCCAGCAGCAGCCGUGGCAACAACCACCAUCACAGAAACCAUCACGACCCUCACCACGGAAACCACCACCACCACGGCCUCUCUGGCACCACCUCCAGCAGUGGGGGGGCGAGUGGAAGCAGCAGUAGCAACCAGCAGCAGCAGUCUUCUGCGGUCACUGGAUCCCACUCCCAUCAUGGAUCGCACCACCACGGCCACCACCAUCACCUGUCUCAACCCCCGCUGCAGACCUCUGUCAGCGCCCACAACAUCCGCGGCUGGGGGGAGGGGGGAAAGGGGGAGGCGGAGUGCAGCGGGCUGGCAUGCGAGUCUUGCAGCGGGGCCCCCUCGCGGAGCCAGGGGUCUCUGGACCUGGAGAGCGCAUCCCGAGAGGCAGGCAAGCAGCACCGACGCCUAGAGCGGAUGUGGAGUGUGGACCGGAUGACUGGGCUGGAGAGAGGUGAGAGGGCGGAGGACACAGAGGAGAAGAGAGGCGCGGAAUUCCAAACCAGGGCGGGAGGGGGUAAGGAGGACACUAACUGGUUCCCAAAGGAAAACAUGUUCAGCUUUCAAACUGCCACGACAACCAUGCAGGCGAUAUCGAACUUCCGGAAGCAUCUUCGGAUGGUGGGCAGCAGGAGGAUGAAAGCACAGACAUUCGCUGAGCGUAGAUCGAAGAGUUUCAGCCGCUCCUGGAGUGACCCCACCCCUGUCAAGAAUGACUCUCAGCAUGACAGCGGAGACCUGCAGGCAUCCUGUGGUACUUUAGAUGAAGGAGGCCAAGACGAUAAUUUAGACUGGGAGGAGGAGAGGGAGAUGGAGCGGCUGGCCUGCGAAGGGGACGACUUUGUACCUCCCAAAAUCAUGCUGAUCUCUUCUAAAGUCCCGAAGGCGGAGUACGUUCCCACUAUAAUCCGCAGGGACGACCCGUCCAUCAUCCCCAUCCUCUAUGACCAUGAACAUGCAACCUUUGAUGACAUUUUGGAGGAAAUAGAGAAGAAGCUCACAGCUUACAGGAGAGGAAGCAAGUUCUGGAGGAUGCUCAUCUUUUGUCAGGGAGGACCUGGUCACCUGUAUUUACUGAAGAAUAAAGUGGCAACUUUUGCGAAGGUUGAAAAGGAAGAUGACAUGAGCCAAUUCUGGAGGAGGCUUAGUCGCUUCAUGAGCAAAGUCAACCCAGAACCCAACCUCAUCCACAUAAUGGGAUGCUACGUCCUGGGCAACCCCAACGGAGAGAAGCUGUUUCAGAAACUGAAGAAUCUGAUGAGGCCUUAUUCUGUCGAGUUCGGGUCGCCGCUGGAGCUGUCUGCUCAGGGCAAAGAGCUGAUUGAGCUGUACUUCGACUUCCGCCUCUACCGGCUCUGGAAGACCCGCCAGCACUCCAAACACUUGGACUAUGAGGAAUUUUUGUGACGAAGAAACUUGGAUAAUGGGCGCAGCGGAGCCCCCCCAGGAACCCGUCCAAAUGCGAUCCAAUGACUGAACAUUUGCUCAACUAUAGCGC